AUGGCCAACGAAGCAUCCUUCGUCAGCUUGCGUAUCAAGCUUGCUUGGCCCCUUGAUUUUCACCCACACCUGGCAUCCCCAUACAUGGAGGUUGCUCAGAUCCAGCUUUGUGCCGUGGACUUUCUUGUAUGGUGUCAUACCUGGCAAGCUCCUCGACCCAGUCCGAUUCCAGAGCCAGACAGCGUGCAACAUGGCCACACCCCACAGAGACUUUGGGAGGCCUGA